GGCAUCCGCGCGGGCACGUGCCCGUGUGUGGUGUUUUCAACAGCCGGGGCGCUUCUCCGGGGGCGGGCAGAGGGGGGAGCCGGCGAAGGAGGCGGGAAAAUGACGGCGCGCUGCAUAGAGCGCUUGGCCGGGAGCUGUCCAGGGUGCUGAAUCGCGCGAGCGGAGGCGAGCAGGCGCUUGCUUGGCCGAGGACGGUCUGUCUCUGGGAUCCCCGGGCUCCGUUUACCGGCACCUCCAGUCCGUGUCCUCCCCUCCACGUCCACCAGAAAGGCGCUGGGGUGAAGGAUAGGCGGCCAUCUGAACAUUGUGGUGCCUGAGAAGAAAGGAAGUUGGGGACCGAGCCCGGGUGUGGACGUUCCAGCAGCCCGGGCUUCCUAGGCGAAGCAGAGAGACGCAUGCGCAUGGCGGGCGAGCUACCGUCCCCGGCUGAGGAGCCCGCUGCGAACGGAUGUGAGCAAUGCAAAGAUUUGCACCCGGCUCCGGAGAUCGAAGGGGAAAUUCCCAUGGGAUCCGAACGGAUGGAGAUGCGCAAAAGGCAAGCAUCUGUGACCCAGGAGACACCGAGCUCUGUACAGCCACAGCCAGGGAUUGAAAACCGUGGGUCCAACGCCUGCUGCUUCUGUUGGUGCUGUUGUUGCAGCUGCUCCUGUCUUACUGUUAGGAAUCAAGAUGAAAGAGCAGCAGCACAUGAACUCAGAACAGACACUAUUCCAAACUGUGAAGAAAGCUCAACUCCAACUCUUGAAGAAGUGAGUGCUUGGAGCCAGUCCUUUGACAAAUUGAUGAGAACGCCAGCAGGUAGAAACGCUUUCAGGGAGUUCCUUCGGACAGAAUUCAGCGAAGAAAAUAUGCUUUUCUGGUUGGCCUGCGAAGAUCUAAAGCAGGAAUCCAACAAGGCUAUCAUUCAAGAGAAAGCAAGACUAAUAUAUGAAGAUUAUAUUUCUAUUCUUUCUCCCAAAGAGGUCAGCCUGGAUUCCAGAGUAAGGGAACUUAUCAACCGGAAUAUGCUGGAACCAUCAGAACAUAGUUUUGAUGAAGCACAACUCCAGAUUUAUAUGUUAAUGCUCAGAGACUCUUACCCUCGGUUUAUGAACUCUGCCAUUUAUAGGGACUUGGUUGAGUCUCUCUCUCAAAAAUCUGCCGAAUCGUAGAGGUUUAAUAUAUUUCACACCCAGUCAUCUAAAUAAACAAGGGAAACUUGGGGCUACCA